AUGUCGAUGAUUACCAAUUUAUUAUCAUUCAGAUCAUCGACUUAUUUAGCAAGAAAUAUUAUUCGAUCAACUAGUUUGUUAACACAAAAUCGUUUUUUAUCAUCGACAUUACCGCCAUCAAAUAAAGCCGACAACAAAAAUAGUACUCUACCGAAUGAAUUACCAUUAUCGGAAAAGAGAAAAGCUAAAUUUAAUAUUUCAUGGAAAACUGUAUCUGUAACUUUGCUUGGCGCUGCUUCAUUGAUGGGUUUCAUUUAUUAUCUUGAUCAACGUAAAGUAAAAAAUCGUAAAAAACUUCAACGUGCCGCAGUUGGUAAAAUGGCUAUUGGUGGUCCAUUUUCAUUGAUAACACACGAAAAAAAGCCUAUCACAGAUAAAGAUUUUCGUGGCCAAUGGUUAUUGAUUUAUUUUGGAUUUACUCAUUGUCCAGAUAUAUGUCCUGAAGAGUUAGAAAAAUUAGCUGAAAUAACAGAAAUUCUUCGUAAACAAAAAAGUAAACAUAAACAUUCAUUUCAACCGAUAUUUGUUUCUGUUGACCCUGAACGUGAUACACCUGAAUUAGUUUCACAGUAUAUCAAAGAUUAUUCUCCACAUUUUAUUGGUUUAACAGGAACACGUGAUCAAGUUGCCGAGAUGUGUAAACAUUACCGCGUUUACUUUAGUCAAGGACCUAAAAUUGGCGAUGAUUAUAUUGUUGAUCACGCAAUUAUUAUGUAUCUAAUCAAUCCAAAUGGUGAUUUCGUUGAUUACUACGGUAGAAAUAAGAAUGCAAAAGAAGUAUCUAGUGCUAUUGAGCAACAUAUGCACGCUUUUAAAGAGACGAAUAAAUAA